AGAAAACUGAACCCAAAUUUUGAUUGUAAAUUAUUUAAGAGGAAUUUAGUGUUUUAAACGAAACCAAAAUAAACAAAAUUGUUUAAUGAAACGCUAGUACAAUGAACUCACGACUACUUCAUCACAAAAGCGAUACAACCUUUUUCGGAGCUAUUUAUCUUCUAAAUACUCUCAAAAAAUCAAUGGCGGAAAUACGCGACUGCAACUACUAUGAUACCGUGGAUAUAUCACAUAUAGCAAGACAGAACGACUCUUACAAAUAUGAUGACCUCUUGAUUCCCGCUAACCUAACCGGGGAAUAUGAUUUCAAGCUGGUGUCGCAAUUUCCCAGGCAGCCGGUUAAAAAACAUUUGAGAGGUUGUGUCUGUAAUCUGAGGCCCUGCAUUCGGUUUUGCUGCCCCCGUAAAAAUAUGUUGGAACAUGGUAAAUGCAAUGAUGGCUUAAAGGAGGAGCUGUCCAUGGUCAAUCCCCAUCUUUAUGUGACCCUCGAGGACUAUUCAAUAGAUGAGCGAUAUCUCACUAAUUUCACCUUGAUCAGGGAUCAGUUUGGAUCAUGUGAUGAGAUGCUAGGCGUUAAGGAAGAUGAGUACAUGUUGUUUGAGAACGGGUCCUUAUAUCUCAACGACGACGACUAUCUGUAUGGAAAAGAGGACUACUGCUUCUAUCCGUAUCAAAAUAUUUCGGACUUUCCAAAUUUUGUAUGGCUUGUUUUUCACAAUUGCUCGACGACACCUCAUCCGGCGGCACGGGAAAUCACGAUUACAUCGAUGGUAUUCUAUAUUCUCACAAUUUCUGUAUAUUUGUACGUAAAAAAGCUACGGAAUGUCCUAGGCAAGUGCCUUAUUUGUAGCCUUCUCAGCAGUUUUAUAGUGGACCUUGGCUGGAUACUAGAUGAAUCUAUUUUAUUAAGAGAUGGUUGCUCUACUACAGGUUACAGUUCGUACUUCUUCAAUAUAGCUUUUAAUCUCUGGCUCUCAGUCAUUAGCUAUCAUAUUUGGAAUGUGUUCAGGUCGGUCAAUCGCAAUGAUCCUAAAUAUCGAUUCCUGGUCUACAGCGCUUUUGUCUGGUUAACUGCUGCAAUUCCAACGGGCGCUAUAUUUUGGGUGAAUCAAGUCUGGGAACGGGAUCCCCAUAAAUGGAAUUGGAUGCCAUUAGUGGGUUAUAGUAAAUGCUUCGUGAAGUAUACGUCUACUGAAUGGAUAUACCUAUAUGGACCUCUUCUCAUCCUGAGUACCUUUAAUGUGAUCAUGUUUAUCCUAAUAGCCAGACACAUUCUGAAAGUAAAGAAACAAUUGAAGAAAUUCUCUAACCAGCAGGUGAGCACAGCGAACUGUCUUCAAUGGAAUGUGCCAAGUUACCUAGAAUUUCUGCGGCUCUCUGUCGUGAUGGGCGUAUCUUGGAUUAUGAAUCUUAUAUCGUAUUUGCUGUGGCCCGAUGAAUUUUGGCAGGAGGUCCUUUUGUUGUUCGACUACUUUCAUUACUCAUUUGGUAUCGUGGUUUUUGUGCUGCUUAUCUUAAAGCGUAGCACUCUUACGUUGCUUAGGGAUAGAUUUCAGGUAACAUUUAAAAAGAAAGUUGCUCAAAAGGCUAAGGAGACGGACUAAAUAUCUAAAGGCUGUUAAUAUCAUGGAUUGAAGUGCA